AUGUAUUCUCACUUGUGACCUCAGUGAUCCUCACCUACUCUGAACCGUGGGGAGCAACUCGUUGAUGGGAAAGUGACUCACAACAGGGACCAACUGACCUUUUUUGUCCCUUCUUUUUGACUCUCUUCUGGGAUGGAGGCACAAUCAACCAAGUUUGAUGUUCAUGAUGGACCAUAGGAAGCAUAAAACAUGUCCAGGUGUUCCAAGUAGUAACAUCAGGAAAUGCUAGCGCAUAUUUGGGACAGUUUGUAAUUGCCUUUAUGGUCUGGGAAAGUAUGCCUAUUAAUCCUUCAAACUUUGGAAAUGGGUGUCUUUUUUGGAAGAGGAGCCUUAAUAUACUUUAGGACAUGAAGCAUCCAUUCAUUUUUUAGUAGGUAAAAGAAAGGUAUAUCUGAGUUAUGAGUGUUUUUCCCACUUUUUCCCCAUUAGCCUAGGAGAAAGAUCCUGGUUUGUUUUAAGAAGAGAAGCACAUUGCCAAAGAAUCCUGUUUCCCCUGAGCUGCUUCUUGAUCAAGCAGAGAAUGGUCACAGACAGAGAAAGAGAGGUAACUAUGGAGGUGAAAAAUGAGACAACAAUCCAGGAAUUCAUUCUGGAGGGGUUUCCUGCUGUCCGGCACCUAGGGAGCCUCCUCUUCCUGGUGCACCUGCUGGCAUACCUGGCCUCGAUGACAGGCAACAUGGUGAUAAUCAUCAUCACCUGGGUAGACCGUCGCCUCCAAACACCAAUGUAUAUUUUACUCAGUACUUUCUCCUUCUGUGAAUGCUGUUUCAUCACCACAGUGAUUCCUAAACUGCUGUCCAUCUUUCUUUCAGGAAGGCAAACAAUUCCCUUUACUGCUUGCCUCGUACAAGCCUUUCUCUUUUUAUUUCUUGGAGCAGUAAUUUUCUUUCUCAUGGCUGUGAUGUCCUUGGAUCGUUACCUGGCCAUUUGCAAGCCUCUGCACUAUCCAUCCAUCAUGAACUUGAGGGUUAGUUUCCUUCUGGUUUUCUUCUGCUAUACUUUGUCCUUCAUCUUCUUCACUUGUCUGAUGCUCAAGGUUUCCCAGUUAUGGUUCUGUGGCCCUAAUGUCAUUUCCCAUUUCUUCUGUGACCUUGGCUCUUUAAUUCAUCUCUCCUGUUCUGACACCAGAUCUGUUGAAAUAUACUUCUUCUCCCUUACCUCAUUUGUCAUUCUGCUACCCCUCUUCAUAACCAUCAUUGUGUACAGCAACAUAAUAGUUAUAGUCAUGGGACUCCCUUCAGCUAAGGAGCGACAGAAAGCUUUCUCCACCUGCUCAUCUCAUCUCAUUGUCUUCUUCCUGAUGUAUGGCAGCUGUGUCUUUAUAUACUUGAAACCAAAGCAAACGAACAGGCUGGACUCCAAUAGAGAGGCUGCUCUUGUGAACACGGUGGUGACCCCGCUGCUGAACCCUGUCAUCUACACUCUACGGAACAAGCAGGUUCACCAGGCUCUGCGAGACACGGUGUCCAGGAAGAGGUUGCAAAAGUAGAGCUUUGGAGGGUAAACGGAUCUUCUUGGCCUUCCUAUAUCAGUUUCCCACUAUUGGAAAAAUCUACUCAAUAGAAACACUACAUCUGGUAAUAUAGCUUACGCUAACUUUCAGCUGGAUGGGUACUGUCUUAUUUUGCAGUUCAGUACCUACCUCUAUUUGAAAAUUUCAUUUGUUCUCUAUAUUGUGCUUAUGAUCCCUUCCUCUUGAUUUUCUACUUAUUUGUCUUGUGAGAAUUCAUUCAAACAACAUUUAUGGAGCACCUAUAAUCCCUAAGUCAUAGGAUACUAAGUCUUCAAGCUAAUAAUAAAAAUUCUGCAUAUCGGAUGUAAUAAAGACUGUUCAUGAUACAUUCUUAUGCUUGAAUUUUCUAGUACCUCAGAAAAAAGAUAGAAAACCGUAUUUGCCAUUAUGCAUUCAAAAAGGUUUGAAGUUACAAAACAAACUGUUUCUGAAAAUUAUGUGAAGUCAUAGUAUAAAAUAAUGGUGUUUCAUUAAUUGAAGCUGUUUAGGUAGAUGAAUCAGCUGUAUGCUCACUAGCUCUUCUUUGGGUCUACUGAUUUUAGUGUGUACAUAGCUCAGUGAAACUCCAGGUGGUUAAGAUGGGCUUUAUCAUCUGGUUGUAUCAGGUGUUAUUAAUAAACUUUUAACUCUUUCUUGAAACAUAGACAAAAGCACAACUUUUUAACUUGUGCAUUUAUUUUUCUGUAAUGGAUGUUGCCAAGUCUUGGACCCAAUAGGUCACUCAAUGGUGAGUGAUCCCAGUAGCAAAGUCUCUCCUCCCAGGGAAGAGAUAUUGGCUCUUUUUGUGUGACCUUAGGUGUAUGAGCCACCUGUGUCUUCCAGGUUACGCUAAAUUCCAGUUGACAUUUUAUGUAGCAAAAACUGAUAGAACUCAUCAUUAGAAAAGUUUAAAAGGAAAAUGAGUGCACUAAUAACAAAAAGUGGAUUAAAAUUGAGUCAGUUAUUGUGUUUACAGGUUCACUGGGGAAGCGAUUCCCACCAGAAGACAACUGGUUAGUGGGGAGUAGGUCCUGUCACAUCUGACAGCUCAUGUACAUAUUGUGCAUUUGAUUUGUAGUAUGUCUGAUUUGGAUGCAUAUUUUCCUUUUUUGCUCGUUCUGAGGAAUAAUUAUAUUUGAAGCAUAAUCUCAUUAGGAAGAAUUUUAGACUGUCAAAAGUGCUGGGUGAUUUAGAUG